AUGGCUGCUCCCGAGGAAGCUCAGGGACAAGUGCCUGAUGCUAAGGCCACCGAGCGCCCGACGUCCGACAUAUUUGACAUGGACAAAGUCGAGCGCGCCAGCUCCAUUGCGACCACCAUGGACCCCAUUGCUCACGGCGACCUGAAUCGCGACCGCGAUCACGGUUACCUCGAGCCAAGCCGGUUCUCCUUGUCUCGCGCCGGCCACAUUUCGCUAGACGACGUUGAGGCUGUCGACGUUGAGAUUCGAAGCCUUGCUGUCACCGUCGAUACAUCGCCUUCGUGGUUCGAGCCUUCGACGUAUCCUGACCUGGCAAAGCGGAGAUUCAAACCUACACCCGAAUCCAAGACAUUGCUGCACCAUGUCGACGCCUCGCUGGCCCAUGGCACGCUUACUGCCAUCAUUGGCGGCAGCGGAUCCGGCAAAACAACUCUCCUCAACACCAUGGCAGACCGCAUGAUCAGCUCGCGCUUGUCGCAGGCUGGAUCGAUCCGCUUCAACGGCAACGAUACAGUGCAGAACGUGCGCCACGCCUACGUGAUGCAACAGGAUAUCCUGCUCCCGACCCUAACCGUUCGAGAAACCCUGCAGUACUCUGCCGACUUGCGCCUGCCCCCACCAACCACGGCUGAGGAGCGCACGCGCAUUGUUGAGGAGGUCAUCUUGGAACUCGGCUUGAAAGAAUGCGCAGACACUAGGAUUGGCAAUCACCAGCAUCGUGGCUGUUCUGGUGGAGAGAAACGGAGAGUCAGCAUUGGCGUUCAGCUUCUGGCCAAUCCUUCAGUCUUGUUCUUGGACGAGCCCACGACAGGCUUGGAUGCCACCAGUGCGUUCCAGCUCGUCAGGACUCUCAAGAGCUUGGCGACCAAAGGGAGGACUAUCAUCACGACCAUUCAUCAACCGCGCUCAGAGAUUUGGGAUCUGUUUGACAAUCUCAUCAUUCUGACCCGUGGCAGCCCUGUAUACUCGGGGCUGGCAAAGGAUUGCACCACUUGGUUCGAGGGGCAAGGGUUUCGACUGCCCCCUUUUGUAAACCCUGCCGAGUACUUGAUUGACAUUGCUGCCAUUGACAAUCGAACUCCGGAACUUGAGGGAGAGAGUACAGCUCGAGUUGACAGGCUCAAGGCGGCCUGGAUGGAACAAAGUCAAACAAUUUUCCCACCCACUGAGCAAAGCGCCGUGCAAGCGACAAGCCACAGAGAAAGGAGAGCACAAGCGACGAAACAUGCCACGUAUGGCCGUCAACUACGCAUGUUGACCGACAGGACGUUCAAGGUGACCUAUCGAGAUCCUAUGGGCAUGCUGGCAGCCGUUGUCGAAGCGGUGCUGAUGGGCCUGGUGACGGGAUAUAUCUUUUACAACCUUCCCCGAGAUGAUUCCGGUAUUCGUUCGCGCCAAGGAGGGCUAUACACAGCCGCCGGUCUCCAGGGUUACCUCAUCCUCAUCUUCGAGAUCUAUCGUCUGUCUAUCGAUAUGUCUACCUUUGACCGGGAACACACGGAACACUGUGUUGACGCUAUUCCGUUUCUCCUCUCUCGACGUUUCGCCCGUUUAUUCACCGAAGACUUCCCCGUUCCGUUUCUAUUCUCCGUCAUAUUCUACUUUAUGGCUGGUUUCGAGAGAGAUGCCAGCCAGUUCCUCAUCUUCUUCAGCAUCACUCUACUGAAUCAUUAUAUCGCCAUGACUUGUGCUAUGACUUGCGUCACAGCCUGUCGAAACUUCCCUGGCGCAAGCUUGAUUGCCAACCUGAUAUAUACUAUGCAGAGCAUGGCCUGCGGCAUGUUUGUUCAAGCUGAAAGUAUACCCGUAUAUGUGCGGUGGAUGAAGCACAUCACAUACACUUAUUAUGCUUUCAGCGCAUACUGCGGUAACGAGUUUGAAGGGGCCUUCUAUGAUUGCCCACUACCUGGCGGUCAGUCGGAUCCAGCUUGUUACCAAUACACAGGCGAGUUCAUUAUGGAGUCGCUCGGCUUCCCCCAAAACUGGGUAUGGCGUCCCAUUGUCAUCAUGACCGCCUUCGUCAUUUUCUUCUGUAUCCUAUCUGCUGUAGGACUUCAGUUCGUUCCCGUUGAGAUGACCAUCGCGCGAGCAAGAAAUUCCGAUACCGAUUUGUCGGCUGGCAAAGAAAAUAUGCGUGCGAAGUCGAUUUCUGAGGUUCGCACCAUUGAUGUUGGACUUGACAACUUUGCGCUCGCUCUCGACAAACGCUCUGUGUUUGGUAAGAAGCAACCCACCAAGACAAUCCUCAACCCUGUCGAUGCGACAUUUCAAGCAGGCGUUCUGAAUAUCAUCAUGGGUCCUUCGGGCUCAGGAAAGACCUCGCUACUCAAUGCCAUGGCUUUGCGCCUGCACAACAAUAUUGGCACACAGUACAGGCCGGCAGGCAAACUAACCUUCAAUGGCGCUGUGCCAUCCAAUGCAGUGAUCAGGUCGAUAUGCUCUUACGUCUGUCAGGAUGACGACGCUCUGCUUCCUUCCCUGACUGUGCGCGAAACAUUGCGAUUCUCGGCCGGCUUGCGUCUCCCCUCCUGGAUGACGAAGGAGGAGAAGUUCAAACGCGCCGAAGAGGUGCUUCUCAAAAUGGGUUUGAAGGACUGCGCCGACAAUCUUGUGGGCAGCGAUCUGAUCAAAGGCAUAUCUGGAGGCGAGAAACGUCGAGUCACGAUUGCCGUCCAGCUACUCAGCGACCCGCGUGUUCUACUACUGGACGAACCGACGAGCGGCCUCGACGCCUUUACAGCCAAUUCAAUCAUGGAAGUGCUUCAGGGCCUCGCCAUGGAAGGUCGCACCCUCAUCCUUACGAUUCAUCAGGCGAGAUCAGAUCUGUUCAAGCAUUUCGGAAACGUCCUCCUUUUGGCUCGAGGCGGCUCACCUGCGUACGCUGGAUCGGCCAAGGAGAUGCUGCCGUAUUUCAACCGUCAGGGAUUCGAAUGCCCUUCACACACCAACCCCGCGGAUUUUGCUCUCGACUUGAUCACCAUUGACCUACAACAAGCAGAUCGAGAGGCAGACAGCCGGGAGAAAGUUAGGCGCUUGGUUGAGGCGUGGCAAGAGCACCUCAGAACACCAGUGGACACGGAAAAAUUCGAAGCGCAUGCUACUCGUUUACCUGGCAUCGAGGAGAAAGCGGAAGAUGACGCCGAGAAUAUAGCGUCGAGGACCUCGUCCUCGGAAAAGACGCGCUCUCACGAGAACGCGAAGGAGGAUGAGCUCCGCAUCUCAUCUGCUUCAAAGCCUGGACAUGAAGCGCACCAUCGACCUGCUGUCCCCCCCCCUCGUCAGUCCUUCAACAAAGCCACCCUGGCCACGCCGGCUGAGCUGGGUGCUCUCGUUCGUAAGCGGGCAUCGUUCGCAGCAGCAGCUCCACUGCUCAUGCACCGGGCGUUCAUCAACUUCCGCCGGCAACCACCGCUGCUGUUGGCUCGCACCAUGCAAGUCGUUGGCUUAGGCCUUGUGUUAUCACUCUUCUUUGCGCCUCUCAAGCACGACCUCAUAUCUGUGCAGAAUCGCAUGGGGUUCGUCCAGCAGGUCGGCGCCUUCUACUUUGUUGGCAUGCUGCAGAAUGUAGCGGUCUAUCCAGCCGAGCGUGACGUCUAUUAUCGCGAAGACGAUGACGGCGUCUACGGGGUUGAGGCCUUCCUAGCCAGCUACACCUUUCUUGAGAUCCCGUUUGAGGUUAUCAGCAGUCUUCUCUUUGGCGUCCUUGCAGUACUGGCCGUUGGCUUUCCUCGCACUGCAGAGAUGUACUUUGUAAGUGUGUUCUGCUGCUUCGCCAUUGUGAGCUGUGGCGAGAGCUUGGGUAUUAUCUUCAACACACUGUUCAGUCAUACCGGCUUCGCAGUCAAUCUGACGAGCGUCUUCCUCUCUGUUGCCCAGACCAUGGCUGGCGUCUUGUCCAUCGACAUGCCCGAGUUCCUGAAGGCUCUCAACUACUUGAGUCCUAUCCGGUUUUGGCUACCGUUUGCGGUCAUCGCCUCGUACAAUGGGGAGAACGUGGCUUAA